AUGGCGACUCGGUACUGGGCCGUGUCUCUUCCCGUGGCGCAAAGCUCCUCCACAUCAGCCCUCUGGAGUCGCCUUCAGGAAUCCAUCUCCAAAAAUGCCUUCGAGACAUUUUUUUUUUUAAAGAUUGAGGAUUUAGAGAGGUUUUCGGGUGUGGUGAGUAGCUCUCUCACAGUUGAUGGAGUGCUUGUUGACUCUUAUCUCACUAGAUUUGUGUGGGAUGAAGCAAAAUAUCCAACAAUGUCUCCACUCAGGGAGAUCGUGGAUGGAAUUCAUGUACAAAUUGCCAAGAUUGAGGAUGAUCUCAAGGAAUCCAUCUCCAAAAAUGCCUUCGAUACAUCCCUUUACAGAUUUAACAUUCCGAAUCUUCGGGUGGGCACUCUAGAUUCGCUAUUGGCACUCAGCGAUGACCUUUUGAAGUCGAACAACUUUAUUGAAGGGGUGUCUCACAAAAUUCGGAGGCAGAUUGAGGAUUUAGAGAGGUUUUCGGGUGUGGUGAGUAGCUCUCUCACAGUUGAUGGGGUGCUUGUUGACUCUUAUCUCACUAGAUUUGUGUGGGAUGAAGCAAAAUAUCCAACAAUGUCUCCACUUAGGGAGAUCGUGGAUGGAAUUCAUGUACAAAUUGCCAAGAUUGAGGAUGAUCUCAAGGUACGUGUUGCUGAAUAUAACAAUGUGCGCAGCCAGCUAAAUGCCAUAAACCGCAAGCAAGCUGGAAGCCUGGCUGUUCGUGACCUGUCCAAUUUGGUAAAGCCACAGGAUAUUAUUACUUCAGAACAUUUGACAACCCUACUUGCAAUUGUUCCAAAGUAUUCGCAGAAAGAUUGGCUAUCAAGCUACGAGGGACUCACAUCCUAUGUAAUCCUCCAAGAAGCUACACGAGGACAAUGA